ACAACAAUCUCUGUAUCACAGCAAAAUUCAAAUAAUUGGAUGAAACGUUUAUGUUUAACUUCGCGAUUUGAAGAAGUCGCUAAAUCCAAUAUUAAUUUGCCCAACACAACAGUUGCAGUAGAUUUCGACGGAGAUGAUCACCUUGGGCAUGAUGAUUUGAGUAAAAUGAUUCGAAGUUUAACGAGAGACGAGCUGACUGAUGAAGAAGUAGAAUUCAUAAUUGAAAGGAUCAUCGAAGAAGCCGAUCUCGACGGUGAUGAUCGAAUCAACUACGCCGAAUUCGAGCACGUCGUCUCGCGAUCGCCCGAUUUCAUUCGAACAUUCCAUAUCAGGAUAUAA